AUGGCUCGGGCAACCACCUGGUUCGACUGGUUAAGAUGUUGCAGCGAGAGGGAAACGGCAGAGGCUGACGAUUCCGGUGAGAGCCUGGCUGCGCUGGCCCGAGAGGGGGAAGAAGUUGCAGAGUGGCAGAUUGUACAGAAAGGCAUUGAGCACGCUGAGUUUCACCGGCUUCUCCAGCUUCGAUCACGGCUGCGGGAUUGUGACGGUCACCUUGCAUGCAGACGGCAGGUGCUCUCGCGGCAGCCGCAGACUCUCCUCCGCUUCCUGCGGGCCCGGAAUGGCGAUCUCCAGAAGGCGGAGGUGAUGUUCAGGAAGAUGCUCGAGUGGCGCCAUACAUUCAGUGUGGAAGAGAAGGUCCAGCAGUGGAAGGCGGAGCUCGAAGAACAAAGCACUCAACGAAGCAUACAGAUGAGGAGAUAUGAAACAGACGUGGAGCUUUGCAGGGAUAGACAUGGAGUCCCAGUUCGCCUGGUUCGGACAAGUGUCGCCGACGUCCAGGGUCUAGUCCGCGAGUUCGGGAAGGACCUCGUGCUGAUUGACACCAUUAUGCGAAUGGAGCGAACACAUGAGGAGAUUCGUCGAGCAAUGCUUGACACCGAGAACGUGAUUGCUGGCCAACUCCAGAUAAUCGACAUGGGCGACUACGGCCGGUAUGGCGUCCCGAAUUUGACCAGUCGGCUGUUCUCGAGCCUAAAGCUCGCCGCAGAGAUUUCCCAAAUCACCGACGCCAACUACCCGGAAACGGUGCGCAAAGCAUUCAUCAUCCGACUUGGCUCAUGCACCAGCACAGCCUGGCGCUACUGCAUCCAGCCGUUGCUUCCUGAGCGCACCCAGCACAAGUUGGUUCCAUGUGGCCCGAAGGCGAGCUCCUGGGAAGCGCAGCUCGGGGCAGAGUUGGAUCUGACAGCUUUGCCGGCCUUCCUCUGCGAGGACUCGGACGCUGCCUUCGAAGCGGCCGUGCCUCGCGGUGGCCUGGUGCCUGCGGGUCUGGCUGGUAAGGACCAAGGGACGUGGCACGUGGAGCCUGCGAUGAGGAAGAAGCCAGCCGGUGCGCGGCACAACGGACCAGCAAGCAAAGCUUUCAGACCGUUCCUUUUCUCCUCGAAGUCAGAAAUGUCCGGAACCGCGUGCGCUCGAAUUCAGCUUAUGUUCUUUGGCGUCGUCGCACUCGCCGCAGGAGCUCUUGCUGUCGAACCGGUCGCCAUCCUAUGA